AUGGACCAGGACUUCUCCUAUGAGAAAACCAAAGUGUUGCGUCCCUUGAGCCAGACCUCAGAGUGUCGGGGCAGGCGCAGGUACAGAAGGUACAAGAAACUGGACUUCAGGAGCAGAACUUAUUUUCUUAUUCCAUCCAUAGACCGCUCUGACCAUGGGAGCCCUGACCCAGAGCUUGGUGUCUUCCGCAGGAUACAACUCUUGCCACGUGUGGGCGCCACUCACUGGCCGAGUCCAGAACCCCAUUUUUCUAAGCGGAUACACAUCCUGGUCCCGGCCUACCUUCCAGCCAGACCCCUCAACCACGUGGCGAUCCCGCCCCCAGAAUCAGUCCCGCCUCCACGACCCGGCUGGCUCCCAUUCCUCCCUUCCACGCCGACUCCGGGUCCCGCCCCCAAGGCCCGCCCACCCCGAAGGUCCCGACCUCUCCACGUCCGGCCCAUUUCCCCGAGGACACCGCCCGAAGCCCCGCCCAUUCCUCGUCCCCGGCCAUCUCCUGGCCCCGCCUCUCGCCACGCCCAUGCAGGCCCUGCCCUCCGCCCCGCCUCCACGUCCAGCACAGCACCAGGCUCUCAGCGCCCUCCGCCCAGGCCCGCGCUUCAUCCACAGGGCACCCUUGCUGUGCCCUACCUGGGCCUCGGGGAAGGGCUCUUCCUGUUACCGAGCAUCUCCUUUCCCUGCCCUAGCUCGGCCCGGCUGGGUCGUGACCUGGCAUAUUCAGACCAGAGCCCGAAUCUCUCCGCGCAUCCAGCGGCAUCUUUAGCCUGUCGCACAUCGAAAUCAGGACCUUUGAUAUUUAGGAAAACUAUGUUUAACUCUACUGAGAUCAAGUUUUCUGUUAAGUCAUUCAGUUGUUCUGGGCCUGUGAAGUUUACCAUAGAGUGGCAUUUGAAGUAUCACACCUGUCACAAUGAGUAUUCUGACCUGGAAGAGAGGUUCCAAAAACAUGAACUUCGUGUUGAUGAAGAUCUUUGUGGUUAUUUGAAGAACAUUGACUGUUGGAAAACAAAAAAUGAAAACUUAGAUUGCAACAGUGAUUUACAGGUGUUUCCUUCACUGAAUUUGCACUCAGGCCUUUGCCCCCAUCAUCCCAUCAAAACAGACCCUAUCAACCCACCAAAUAAAGAACUAACAGGUAGCAAAAACAUUUCAGACCAGGAAGGAUCAAUGGAUGUUGUAGCAAGAACACAGAGAGAUGGGUUUCAUAUCUUUAUUGUUUCUAUUAAAACGGAAAAAACAGAUGUCAGCUGGAAUUUAAAUGUUUCUCUUUCUAUGAUGGGGCCUCAUGGAUAUAUCUCCGCAUCAGAUUGGCCUUUAAUGAUUUUCUACAUGGUGAUGUGUAUUGUUUAUAUAUUGUAUGGUGUGCUCUGGCUGAUGUGGUCUGCCUGUUACUGGAAAGAUAUAUUAAGAAUACAAUUCUGGAUUGCAGCUGUUAUUUUUCUAGGAAUGCUUGAAAAAGCAGUGUUUUAUUCUGAAUACCAAAACAUCAACAACACUGGACUGUCAACCCAAGGUCUGUUGAUAUUUGCGGAGUUGAUAUCUGCAAUAAAGAGGACAUUGGCCCGCCUGCUUGUGAUCAUUGUGAGCCUGGGCUAUGGCAUUGUGAAGCCUCGGCUGGGGACAGUCAUGCAUCGGGUCAUUGGACUGGGACUGCUUUACUUUAUCUUUGCAGCUAUUGAAGGCGUGAUGAGAGUCAUUGGGGCGAAUGACUCUGAUCUUGUUCUUCUGGCCAGCCUCCCUCUCUCUCUCCUUGACUCUGGCUUGUGCUGGUGGAUUUUUAUAAGUUUGGCACAAACUAUGAAGACUCUAAGACUAAGAAAAAACACAGUGAAAUUUUCCUUAUAUAGGCACUUUACAAAUACUCUCAUCUUUGCUGUGCUAGCUUCUAUAGUGUUUAUGGUGUGGACAGCUAUGACGUUUAGAAUUGCAAAAUGCCAAUCUGAUUGGAUGGAACUCUGGGUUGAGGAUGCAUUUUGGAGCUUCCUUUUCUCACUUAUCCUUAUUGUAAUAAUGUUUUUGUGGAGACCAUCUGCAAAUAAUCAGAGAUAUGCCUUCAUGCCCUUAAUAGAUGAUUCUGAUGAUGAAGUUGAAGAAUUCAUGGUCACAUCUGAAAAUUUAACUGAAGGAAUAAAAUUAAGAACUUCAAAAACAGUUUCCAAUGGAAUAGCUAAACCUGCUACUUCUGAUAAUUUUGAUGAAGAUUUGAAGUGGGUGGAAGAAAAUAUUCCCUCUUCAUUCACAGAUGUAGCACUCCCCGUGUUAGUGGAUUCAGAUGAGGAAAUUAUGACCAGAUCUGAAAUGGCUGAAAAAAUGUUUUCUUCAGAAAAGAUAAUGUGAUUGGACCUUGUAUGAUUGAAACCAAGUUAAUGGUAAAGGACUGUCUUUCCUCAGGCCUCAAAAAGCUUUGUGUUGAUAUAGCAUAGUAAGUUCUUACUGUGUUAUCUUGAAAAUCCGUGUAUUAAAAUGAGGAAUUCGGGUGGUGGGAAGGUUCUGUGAUGUCCUUAAAGCUGACUGUUAAAUGCAGUUUAAUCUCCAUUGAAUUACCUGGAUUUGGAAAAAAUCUGAGAAAAGUAGUAUUACCAUAGAGAUGUAUGCACAGAUGCCUGCUAGUUGCCAAUGGCAGGUCUGUGCAUUUGGGUUUUGUCUCUUUUCUCUGGAAAGUAUGACAGUUCCAGGUUUUAAAAAAAAAUUUAAAUAGGGCCA